GGUGGCAUGUAUGUCUUUCAACUCUUUGACUACUAUGCAGCCAGUGGUGUGUGCCUUUUGUGGGUUGCAUUCUUUGAAUGUAUUGCUGUAGCCUGGGUUUAUGGUAAGUUUGUGCCCUUUUUGCCAAAUCAAGUGUGUAGCCUACAUUUAGGAAACAAACGUUAAUAUUCCGUUUUUAAAGGGUUAAACAGCAGCAACAACAACAACAACAAUGCAUGAGUUAUGACCUGGCGUGCGGUAAACAAUACCCUUGCUGUUCCUUUUCACGCUUAAAGUAAAUCACUUGAAUUGGCUUCCACGCGUAACCCAUUGGCUUCCAUUGGCUUCUAUUGAAGACAAAUUAUUAAGAACUAUGCCACCUCCGCACAGUGACCUUUAUAAUGAGGUGAACAGGAGCACAGCAACCCAAAUGCCUUUUCUAGAGGUGUUUUUAGUAGCGCUGUGAUAGCCGUUGCUAUUAUUAAGAGAGCAAGCAUGCUGGUUUUGUAGAUAAUCGUUUUAAGAUGCAAUUGCACAUAGGCCAUAACAGAGGUUGUCUCUUAUUGUUGAGCGGAACCUGUUCCUCAUUUUGUAAUGGUUAACAGUAAGCUAGAGAGAGAUUGUUCAUGCCAUAUGCCUUCAUGGAACAGCCAGUAGGUAGAUGAGGGUGUUUAUAGAGGCUAUGAUGGCACCACACCCUGUACUGUAGCUCUUUUCAUGGUCUAGAGAUGAAGAUAUACUGAUUCUGUUUAUAGUUGAUUGUGAGAUGUCACCCUGAUGUUUUACCUUGAGAAAAUGCACAGGUCUUAUAUGAUGGUUAACUUUAAUGUAUAGGAGACUAGGAGCGUGUCUCUAACAAGUCUGUUCUUCUGUAUUGUUGACAGGCGCUGAUAAUUUCUAUGAUGCGAUUGAAGACAUGAUUGGCUACCGACCUAACCCGUGGAUGAAAUGGAGCUGGACCUUUAUCACUCCCGUCCUCUGUGCAGUGAGUAUUCAACAGCCCAACACUGUUACUGUGUGUUCAACAGCCUUCCACUGUUACAAAGUGUUCAAGUGCCCAACACUGUUGUGAACCUCUUGGAUCAGAGUGAAGAUGUACUGUGAAAUAAGUGAUAAACCAUUUUUCUUGUUGUUGUUCCCAGGGUUGCUUUAUCUUCUCAUUGGUGAAGUACAAGCCCCUGACCUAUAACAAGGUGUAUGAGUACCCAGACUGGUCUAUCGGCCUGGGCUGGUCUCUGGCCCUUGCCUCCAUGAUCUGCAUCCCCUUGGUAAUGGUCAUCAAGAUCCUCCAGUCCGACGGACCACUCAUAGAGGUACGCAAACACAAAAGAUGAUGCUAGAUAACCUAGAUGUCCGAACUCCUAGUUGUAUGAAUACAAACACUGCCUGAAAGGGAGUGCAGAAUUGUGGUAAUGGCAUUCAGUAUGCAAUUGCAUAACUUGUAUGAUAUGGCACACAUGAUAUAAGCCGUCUACAUGUUACAGUAUACCAUGUCAUGUGAUUUCAUGGCAUGACACAAGGAUUUAUACAAAGUGGCUUUUUAUCAUUGCAUCAUUUUCAUGUCAUGUGGGUCAUAUGACAUUCUCCUCUCCAACCCACAGAGGAUUAAGGCAGUGGCUGCCCCAGUAAAGGGAGGUGCGAGUUCUCGCCCCAAAGAGUACAGUGUGAAGGGCAGCGAGCUGACCCAGCCUCUGAACCCCAAUGGGAACAACAUCCUGAUCAAGCCCACCCACACCAUUGUAGAAACGAUGAUGUGA